UAAACCUAAAAAAAUUAAAAGAGCAGCCUAUCUCCCUGUUCGCUCCUCCAUCUUCUAAACCUAAAAAACGACUGACGGAUCUUCUUUCUUUCAUUCUACGAAUCAGCACAGCAGGGAGGGAAGGUAAGGUUCAAUCAGCCAGCCAGCCAGCAAGCAAGCAGGGAAGAUGUUUUUCCAUAUUGUCCUUGAGCGAAACAUGCAGCUUCACCCUCGCCACUUUGGUCGUGACCUUCGCGAAAAGCUUGUAUCAAAGCUUAUGAAAGAUGUGGAGGGUACUUGCAGUGGCCGGCACGGGUUUGUUGUUGCCAUAACAGGCAUAGAGAAUGUCGGGAAAGGGCUUAUUCGGGAUGGCACGGGCUUUGUUACUUUUCCCGUCAAGUAUCAGUGUGUUGUCUUUCGGCCUUUUAAAGGAGAGAUCUUAGAAGCUGUGGUCUCCAUGGUUAAUAAGAUGGGUUUCUUUGCUGAAGCUGGGCCUGUUCAAAUCUUUGUGUCAAACCACCUGAUACCCGAUGACAUGGAGUUUCAGUCGGGGGAUAUGCCUAAUUACACAACUUCAGAUGGAUCUGUGAAAAUUCAAAAGGAUAGUGAGGUUCGGUUGAAGAUCAUUGGGACUAGAGUUGAUGCCACUGAAAUCUUCUGCAUUGGUACCAUCAAAGAUGAUUUCUUGGGUGUUAUUAGCGAUCCCGGUACAACUUCUUAACGCAUGGGACCUCUCACGCCUUGUAGCAAUGUAGCCUUCCUGCGUUGGUACAACUUCUUAAUGCAUGCAAUGCUUUUUAUUUCAAUAGGGCAUUUUGAAAAUGAAAUCAUGCAUGUACUGCUAUUAUAUAAACCUUGUUGCACCAACAUUUGUGGAUUUUGUAUACUGUAGUAGAUAAGAUGCACUUUGGAUUCGGCGCUUUUUUAGAAUCUAGCCUAAAGGUUUAUUUCGGUUCCAUCAUAAUUCGCUUUUAUUAUUUUGCGGAAUUAUACAGGAAUACAUGGAAUUUAGAUCAUAACA